AUGGCACCUAGUGUGUCGCUCUCUUUCGCGAACAACUUCUGGGGCAAGGAAGACGCCGGCGUCGACCCUUUACUCGAACGCAUGCACAAUGCAAAAAUCACCAGCGACGAGCUCAAGUCCUUCUACACUCAACGAGCCGCCAUCGAAGAAGAGUACUCUCGCAAGAUCCUCAAUCUCGCCCGGAAACCCCUUGGCUCCUCUGAAGCUGGCACCUUGCGCAUGUCCAUGGACGUCGUGCGCGGAGAGCUGGAAGCCAUGGGCAAGUCACACCAACACAUCGCUCAGCAGAUGAAGGGCGAGCUUGAAGAGCCUCUCUCGACCUUCUCAGGUGGCAUCAAGGAGCGUCGCAAGAUCAUCCAGAACGGCAUUGAGAAACUGCUCAAGACCAAGACGCAACAAACACACACCGUCAACAAGGCUCGCGAUCGUUACGAGCAAGACUGUCUCAAGAUCAAGGGCUAUCUCGCCCAAGGCCAUAUGGUCAUGGGCCAGGAAGAGCGCAAGAACAAGGCUAAGCUGGAAAAGACUCAAAUCCAGAUGUCGGCGACCAGCAACGAGUACGAAACAGCCGUCAAAGUGCUGGAAGAGACGACUGCCCGUUGGAACCGCGAAUGGAAGGCCGCCUGCGACAAGUUCCAGGACCUGGAAGAGGAACGACUCGACUUCACAAAGAGUAGUCUAUGGAGCUUUGCUAACAUUUCCUCCACCGUCUGCGUCAGUGACGACGCUUCUUGCGAGAAGAUCCGCUUGUCUCUCGAGGACUGUGAUGUCGAGAAAGAUAUUUCUGGCUUCAUCAAGGACAACGGCACUGGUCAGGAGAUCCCUGACCCUCCCAAGUACAUCAACUUCUGUCGUGGCGACGUCAGCGACAAUGCAUCCGACGUCUCGGACGAUGCGCACUACUCAGUCGCUCAGUUCCAGCGAACCAUGAAUCCAGCCUUCCGCUCAUCUUCACCACAGCCCUCGACUUACUCAUCUCACCAUGAUCCUGCAUCCGUCUUGGCUCAAGAGAUGGCUCUUGGCUCGUCGGUCAAUUCUGAGAGGUCUCAGCGAUCUCAAAGAUCUCAGCAAUCUGCUGUAGCUCCUCUACCAGUUCGUCAAUCUAGCCAACAGGCAGUACCAGCCAGCACCUAUCAAGACUUUCCCAAGGUGCCACACAAUGAAUACCCUAUGGAUGGCAUGACCCAAUUCUGCAGACUCGGCCCUCCUUCCGACCGCAGCUCAGUUCCUAGCCCCACUCGUCCUGAGGAUGACUCCCACAGCGAGAUUUCAAACGCCAACUCAUUCUCGAGCGUCGAGCCUCCUGCUUCGCCCAUGAAGCAAUUAAAUGGAUCCACAGUCUCUACCAACAGUCAACAAGACGACAAGACACUACAGAAACGACGAAGCGGCUUCUUCCAAAACCACAGCCCUUUCGGGCGUCGUAAGAGCAAGCACGAGAAUGCUGUUCCUGCUUCGAUCUCGAAUGGUCCCGCUCAGCGAAAUACUUGGGCCCCGGCUCCCAGACCACAGACUGCUUCCUCUCCAGCUCGUCCUUUCGCGCGUGAGGCUAGAAAUGUUGGAUUUGGUAAUGACCCUAUGCCCAGUCCUGAUGCAGAGCCCGUCGAUCCUCGCGCCAACUUCCAGCUGAAUAUCGGCAAUAACGUCUUUGACGUUGCAACACCUGAUGCUCGCAGAAGAUCAACUGCCCCUGCCCCUGAGGAGCCUACUAAUGAGCUUGAUCCAAUUGCUCAAGCUCUGGCCGAGCUCAAGGGAGUGACAAAACAAGCAUCCACUCGUGUGUCGGCUGAUCGCUAUGCUGGUAUCCCUACUCCCGCUCCUGGCGCAGGCAGAGCAUCUCCGUCACCUCUUAUCGCCAACUCUGAUAUACGUGCGGGUCAACGUGGCACCCCUCCACCCUCAUACGAUCAACCAAUGAGACGACUUGGUGCACCACAGCCGGCAUUUACUAGCAAGCAGAUGCAGCAGACAACUGCCAGCUACAUGACGCAGAAGAGAGACAUGUUCAAUGCACCUCCGCGCAACACACCAUCUCAGAUGGGCUCACGUCCAGUCAGCAGAGGUGGAGACUCUAGAGGCUCAGGCGAGAUGAUGCGCUCCGCCUCUCCAGCACCCCUACGCACGAGCUCGCCAGCCCCUCCACGUGCUACAAGUCCUCGUCCUAGCACAGGAUAUGACCGUAGGUCCCAACCGGGACCUCCGGGCCAGGACUACCGCUCUGUCUCACCGAACCCAUACGGAGGACCUCCUCCUGGCGGUAUGUCGGCCGGAAGACCGCGCGCACAGUCUAGUAGUCCGAUAAAGCAGCAGCAACAACGUCCUGGCUAUAAUCCGGCGUAUGCAUCACACGGAAACUCACCGGCAUCUGCUAUGCCCAGAUCUGCCAGUCCCAGCCCUCAAUUCCGUGGCUCGGCAGGACCCGGCAGUAGACCCACGAGCAGCCGUGGUGAUCCAGCAGCCAUGGCAAUGCAGCUCGCUCCCUCGGGCGAUCAAGGAUAUCCGCCAUCUUCUCGUGGAGCACCAAACGGACAGCAAGCCACACCACUUAGACCUACUAGCACGUAUUACGGAGCGGAAGGUGGUUGGGCAGCAGCAUCAUCGCCUCGUGGUAAUGCUCCCCCUCAACAAGCACCACCAUCACAGCAGCAGCAGCAGCAGCAGCAGCAGUUGAGUACACGUGUGCGAAGUCAGAGCUCUGCUGGACAGAGACAAUUCACAAGGGAUGGAAGACCUAUCCUGCAAUUCUCGCGGGCAAUGUAUAUGUAUUCAGCAGCCAUUCCGGAGGAACUAACGUUCGCUAAAGGAGAUAUCCUGGCAGUGCUAAGAUUGCAAGACGACGGAUGGUGGGAAGCUGAGAUUGCUGGCAAGGAUGGAAGUAGAGGACUUGUUCCCAGCAACUACUUGGCCAAUGCUUGA